AUGCUGGGCAGCCUCCUGGCGACCCACCGCCUGCAGGUCGCCCGGACCCCGGCGCCCCUGCCGCCGGCGCGGCCGGCGGACGAGUUCCACGUCGUCUUCAGCACGGACUGCGGGAAGUACCAGGACUGGCAGAGCGAGGUCGUCUACCACAGCGCGACGCUCGCGGGGCAGCCCGGGCGCGUCACGCGCAUCGCGAGCGGCUGCACGGACGCGGAGGCGGCCAAACUCCGCGCGCGCCACGCGGAACCCGACCUCGCGGGCCGCUUCCUCGUCCACCUCACGCCCCACUUCUCCACGGACGGCGACAGCGGCAAGGACUACAAGUUCUACAACAAGCCCUACGGCCUCCGGCACUGGCUCGGGGCAGGAAAAGGGCACUGGCUCGCGCGCGCGGACCUCGGGGACGACGCCGUCGUCGCGCUCAUCGACCCGGACUUCAUCUUCCUGCGGCCGCUGACGGCGGACGUGAGCAACGCGUCGGCGAUCCUAGCGUCCGCGCCCGUGGACGCCGCGGCGGCCGCCGCGCGGUUCCGCCGCGUGAAACGGGGGCAGCCCGUGGGCCAGUUCUACGGCCUCGGCGACGGCUGGCUCAAGUUCGACCUCGGGAAGAUCUGCGGCGCCAAGAGCCGCUGCGCCAACGUCACGUCCGCCGAGGCCUGGCGCUACUACAGCGUCGGGCCCCCUUACAUCGCGCACCGCGACGACCUGGCGAAAAUCGCGGACCGGUGGUGCGAGUACGUGCCGCGCGUCUUCGCCCAGUACCCGGAGCUGCUCGCGGAGAUGUACGCCUACUCCAUGGCCGCCGCGGACCUGGGGCUGCCCCACCUGCGCCUCGACCACUACAUGGUCUCGAACGUGAACGCGUACGGGGAGGCGUGGCCGUGGAUCGACGGCGCGGCGACGUCGUCCUGCGACGUCACGCUGCCCCAGCGGCUCUGGCCCGGCCACGACGUGCCCGUCUUCGUCCACUACUGCCAGGGCUACCGGUUCCCCGACGCCGAGCGGGAGCUCGUCUUCGGCAAGCGGCGCCUGCCGCACGACGUCUUCUCGAGCUGCGCGGGCGAGCGGCUCCCGCGGCCGUCGCCCGCGGAGUUCGCGCGGGACCACGGCGACCUCCGGGCCGCGCCCGCCGUCGGCCCGCCGGGCCGGGACCUGCGGGACCGCAAGCGGCGCGCGUGGAUGUUCUGCGCGGCGACGGACGCGCUCAACGCCGUCGUCGCCAAGUACGGCUUCCUCGGGCGGCGGACGCGGUCGGACGGCGCGCCGUGCGACUAG